AUGGGUGAUGACACGACCAUUUCAGACGUAAACACCGGCGGCGAGGAGGAGGUAAAGAGCGCCAAACCUGUCGAAAACAUACCGAAGGAGAAACCAGCAAUUGUGGAGGAAAGAAAUGGCGAUAUCGAGUUUCAUGUGGUUGCGAACGACAACUCGGCGCAUUCCUUGAUCAUCUUGACUGGGUUGAAGAACAUCUUCCAAAAGCAGCUGCCGAAAAUGCCUAGGGAAUAUAUCUCCAGAUUGGUAUACGACCGAAAUCAUUUGAGCAUGGCGAUUGUGAAGAGAGGAGGUGGUGUCGUGGGUGGCAUUACGUUCCGUCCGUUCGAGAACCGGCAGUUCGCAGAAAUUGUGUUUUGCGCCAUUGCAAGUAACGAACAAGUGAAGGGAUACGGAUCACAUCUAAUGAACCAUUUGAAGGAUUAUGUUAAGGGCACCUCCCGGAUCAGAUAUUUCCUCACCUACGCAGACAACUACGCCAUUGGUUACUUCAAGAAGCAAGGGUUCAGCAAGGAGAUUACCCUCGACCAAAAGGCCUGGCUCGGCUACAUCAAAGAUUACGAAGGUGCAACCAUCUUGCAGUGUUCGAUGUUGCCGCGGGUGAAGUACUUGGAAGCAAGCAAAAUCUUGGCCGAGCAAAAGGCCGCUAUCAGAGCUAAGAUCCAGGAGAAGAGUAAGGAUCAUAUCGUUCACCAAGGACUGAAGUGGGAAGCAGGUGUGACGGAGAUUGAUCCCUUCCUGAUACCGGGGAUUAAAGCGAGUGGAUGGUCGCCAGAGAUGGAUGAGCUUGCUCGCCGUUCGAAGAAGAGUCCUCACCAUGCUUUCCUCGCAACCCUUCUUCAGGAGAUGCAAGCUCAUCCCUCCGCAUGGCCUUUCACCGUCCCGGUAUCAAGGGAAGAUGUUCCAGAUUACUAUGAAGUGAUCAAGGAGCCCAUGGAUUUGUCGACCAUGGAGGACAAGCUGGAUCACGACCAAUAUCCGACGCCAGAGGAGUUUGUGCGUGAUGCAAAGUUGAUCUUCAACAACUGCAGAAGCUACAAUAACGAAACAACAACAUACUACAAGCAUGCAACCAAACUGCAAAAGUUCAUGAACUCCAAGAUCCAGGAAACGGCGCCGGAAUGGGCGCAUUUGUGCGAGUAAGUAGCACGCGUUAUGGCAAGAUGUGGUGAGCUGGGAGAUUGUGGGGGCGGGAAAGGAUGUCAGGCGCUCUUAAUGAACGCAGCAUGAGCGGGUGGGGUUGAGAGGCACGUGCACGUGCGGGAUUGUUCCGGAGAGUCAACAGAGUUGCGACGAGCUGCCGCGCCCGGUACAAGAGGAAGCGACGUCGCGAUUACAACUGGAAAACGGCGUUCAGGG